AUGCUCUCAAAACCACUACAAUGCACCCUCUGCCGCAAACCAUUCAAACGCCAACUCGCACUCACCCAACACCUCGGCGGCACAUCCAUACCCCCUCCAUCACAAUUCCACUGCCCAUCCUGUCAAGCUCCGUUCUGCAGCGUAGAUGCCAUGCGUCUUCAUCAGGAUACUGUGCAUAUUCACGCUGACUUUCCUUUGGUCCCCGCACUGCCCGCCUCUACCAACCCCCCAGUACCCACACCAACAUCACAGGCGCGCGAGGCCAUAGACACAGACCUCUUCGAACGCAUGAGCGCGCUGAUACUGGAUGAGGCGGGAAUUGACGCGGAUAUGUAUCCCGAAGAUCGAGUGUAUAGUGGGUAUGCGCACUCCUUUGAUGGGCUGGUAAAUGCGGGACUUGGGUAUCAUCGGUCGGGUGGAUUUGUGUCUGGUUCGGGGGCGGCGAGGAGGGGUGGGAAUGUGCCUGUUGGAGGGAAGAAGGAGAAGGAGAAGAAAGAGAAGAAGGUGAUGGUUGCCGGUGGGAAGAAAACAAGGACUAGGACAAGGCUGGGGUUGGAGAGGGGGGAGAACGGGAGUGAAAGUGGGGGAGGAGGAUGGAGAAGAGGUGGAGGAGGAGGGUUAUAUCACGGGUCACAGUCGUUUUAUGAGUAUGAGUAUGGGUAUGACCAUGGUAGCAAGGGAACUGAAUUCGGGCUCUGUGAUAAAGAAUGCGGAUGGUGUGGGCAUUGUAUGGAUAAUGUCGACAUAGAUUGCUGA